UUUUCGGCCAUUCGCACACUCUCCAAGUACAGCAAGCUGGUCUUUGCAGGUAGUGGAGGACAAGUCACAUUCGCCCAUUAGAGAUGUUAUCUGUGCGAGUUGCAGCGGCUCUGGCCAGAAGCUUGCCCAGACGGGCUGGAUUUGUGUCUAAAAAUGUUGCCGCCGCCUGCGUAGGAGUGAAUCACCUCCACACACACAGACCAUGUCUUGCUGCGAAGACAGGUACGGCUGAGGUGUCCUCCAUCUUGGAGGAGAAGAUCCUGGGGGCUGACACCAGUGCUGAUCUGGAAGAGACUGGCCGUGUGCUGUCCAUCGGUGAUGGUAUCGCCAGAGUGUACGGUCUCAGGAAUGUUCAGGCUGAGGAGAUGGUGGAGUUCUCCUCUGGGCUCAAGGGUAUGUCUCUGAACUUGGAGCCUGACAAUGUUGGUGUUGUGGUGUUCGGUAAUGACAAGCUGAUCAAAGAGGGCGACAUCGUGAAGAGGACUGGUGCCAUCGUGGACGUGCCAGUAGGUGAGGAGCUGCUGGGUCGCGUGGUGGACGCUCUGGGCAAUGCCAUCGACGGAAAGGGUCCUCUUGGGUCUAGCAUCCGUAGGCGUGUGGGUCUGAAGGCCCCUGGCAUCAUCCCCCGUAUCUCUGUGAAGGAGCCCAUGCAGACUGGUAUCAAGGCCGUGGACAGCCUGGUGCCCAUUGGCCGUGGCCAGCGUGAACUGAUCAUCGGUGACCGGCAGACUGGCAAAACUGCUAUUGCCAUUGACACCAUUAUCAACCAGAAGCGUUUCAACGAAGGCAAAGAUGAGAAGAAGAAGCUGUACUGUAUCUACGUUGCCAUUGGCCAGAAGAGAUCCACUGUGGCCCAGCUUGUGAAGAGGCUGACUGAUGCUGAUGCAAUGAAAUACACCAUUGUGGUGUCUGCUACAGCCUCUGAUGCUGCUCCCCUGCAGUACCUGGCCCCCUACUCUGGCUGCUCCAUGGGAGAGUUCUUCAGAGACAACGGCAAGCACGGCCUCAUCAUCUAUGAUGAUUUGUCCAAGCAGGCUGUAGCCUACCGUCAGAUGUCCCUGCUGUUGCGUCGUCCCCCCGGUCGCGAGGCCUACCCCGGUGAUGUGUUCUACCUGCACUCCCGUCUGCUGGAAAGAGCCGCUAAGAUGCACGACAACUUCGGAGGCGGCUCCCUGACCGCUCUGCCCGUCAUUGAGACCCAGGCCGGAGACGUGUCUGCCUACAUCCCCACCAAUGUCAUCUCCAUCACUGACGGACAGAUCUUCUUGGAGACUGAGUUGUUCUACAAAGGUAUCCGCCCAGCCAUCAACGUGGGUCUGUCUGUGUCCAGAGUCGGAUCAGCUGCCCAGACCAAGGCCAUGAAGCAGGUGGCUGGUACCAUGAAGCUCGAGUUGGCCCAGUACCGAGAGGUGGCUGCCUUUGCCCAGUUUGGCUCUGACCUGGACGCUGCCACCCAGCAGCUGCUCAACAGGGGAGUGCGCCUCACUGAGUUGCUCAAACAGGGACAGUACUGCCCCAUGGCCAUUGAGGAGCAGGUGACAGUCAUCUACGCUGGUGUCCGAGGUCAUUUGGACAAGCUGGACCCUUCCAAGAUCACCAGGUUUGAGAAGGCCUUCCUUGGGCACGUCCUCAGCCAGCACCAGGACCUGCUCACCACAAUCAGGACCGAUGGCAUGAUCUCACCGACAGCUGACGCCAAACUGAAGGAGAUUGUGUUGACCUUCCUGUCAAGCUUUGAUUGAGUGAAACUGCUCCUGUUCCUUCAGUGCUUACUGUCUGUCCCAUUGUCCUAUUAUUAUAUGUAUGUCAAACAUUGAAGGCCAGAACCUCCAUGUACAGAUUUCUCCUAAGAAGAAAUAAAAUUGUACAACCCUAGAAGAGCUGUGGUAAAAUUUGACUGUUCGUGGUAGACAGUGCCAGUCCAGCAGAUUUUCCAGUUGAAGGGAAUGAAAAAUAAUUAAUGCAGUAAGUGUUUCUCCCACGGUGGGUCUUUAUAUACUACUCUAAAUAUCUUGUGACUGUUCAUGAAUUUCACGUGACCAAAAAAACAACUUAGUGGUCUCAAAAUAUACAGAAUAAUAGGAUAUCAAAACAGUUAAUUUUGCAUCACAAAAAUGCAGCACAUUCAGUCAACCAUAAAGCGUUUAAUUGACUUAAAAUAAAUGUAUGGCAUUGAUUGUAUUUAGCAACUGUUGCAAUGUCUGUUGGAAAAUUCCUUUCUCGCUGUUGGGGCUCAUGAGUGACCAGUUUCUGUAAAGCUGGAAUGUUGGCUGUAACUCGUUUAUGAUGGAAAUAAAGGUAUCCACACUUAA